AUGUGUUCUGCAGCCCUCCGACUGUGCGAGCAUGUCAAAUAUGCCUCGGCUGGAACGGUGGAGUUUCUAGUUGACGAUGCCACAGGAGAUUUCUUCUUUCUAGAGAUGAACACUCGACUUCAGGUUGAACAUCCCGUUACCGAAGCGGUCAAUCCAGGCCUUGACAUAGUCGAGCUGAUGAUUCACCAGGGUAUAGCGCAACGGGAUACUAAUCAUGGCGGACUCACCCCCCACGAACUACAACAGGACCCAUACGAGGUUACUCCCAAUGUCAAACUACUCCAUUCAAUCGAGGCGCGAAUUUACUGCGAGAAUCCUGCCGCGCAAUUCAAGCCAAGCCCUGGUGUACUGCAGAAGGUCGAGUUCCUGCGGGCCGAUUGGCUACGUCUCGAGAACUGGGUCGAGAACGGAACCACGAUCACUCCAUUCUUUGAUCCGCUGAUUUGCAAAAUGAUCGUCACCGCCCCUACUCGUCCAGAGGCCAUCCACCGACUGCAUCGAGCCCUUGAAGGAAGCCAAAUAUAUGGUCCGCCUAACAACAUGUCGUAUUUGCGAGCUAUAUGCGAAUCCGAGGCCUUCAGAGCCGGUAACUCAACAACCGCCUUCCUUGAUACUUUCGUAUAUACUCACCGUGCAAUGGAUGUUAUCAGUGGCGGCAUCGAAACGACGGUUCAGGACUAUCCAGGGCGACGCGUUGGAUCGGGUAUACCUCGUGGAGGGCCUAUGGACACACUGGCAUUUUUCAUUGCCAACAUUCUCGUAGGAAACAGUCCAGGUAUAGAAGGGCUUGAAAUCACGCUCGUUGGGUGCAAAAUACACUUCCACACUGCGUGCACGGUCGCCAUCACAGGCGCGCCCCUGCAGGCCACGAUCAACGGGGAAGUCGUCGACAUGUGGAGGUGUCUCAUCGUCCCUGCGGGCGGCACAUUGGCUAUCGGUGCCAUCAAGGACGUUGGAUUCAGAGCUUAUCUCGCAGUAAGAGGCGGAUUUCCAGAGAUUCCGGAGUAUCUGGGCUCGAAGUCGACGUCGUUGGGACUCGGUGGGUAUCAGGGUCGCUCUUUAAUAGCCGGUGACUGCAUCGCUCUUGCCAACUGCGCUCACUUUGCAGACGAGAAAGAGCGUGUGUGUCCAGACCAUUUAAUACCCCAGUAUAAAUCCCACUGGAUCAUCUAUUGCCUCGCAGGACCUCACUGUGAUGACGAAUUCAUCACUUCCGCCGGUAUUGAAGAAUUCUUCUCUGUGCACUGGAAAGUGACUUCAUCGAGUAAUCGUAUGGGCAUUCGUCUGGAAGGCCCACCUAUUGCUUGGGCACGGAAGAGUGGUGGUGAGGGAGGCUCUCAUCCGUCAAAUAUACAUGAUAAUGGCUAUGCGUUCGGCACAAUUAACAUGAACGGCGACACACCUGUGAUUCUCACCAACGAUGGGCCGGAUAUGGGAGGGUACGCUUGCGUUUGCACCGUUGCUACAGAAGAAAUGUGGAAAGUCGGCCAGUUGCGGCCAGGAUGUACCGUUCAAUUCAGGCGCAUUACAGUCGCCCAGUCUGUAAGCCUCAUGAGCAAGCUGGACCGAUACUUCGAGGAAUUAUCGCAAACACUUGUGUCUCCGGGACCGUCAAGCACGCGUACCAAACACGGAUCACUCACUCAAACCUUCUCUGACUCCCCUCAGGAUCCUAAGUUGCACAUCAUUGCUCCUCCCUCGUACUCUAUACGGCCGCGGGUAGUGUUCCGCCAAGCUGGAGAUGCCGCUAUUUUGAUAGAAUAUGGUGGUUUAAAACUUGACUUCACACUGCGCGCACGAAUCCAUGCGUUUGAGACAGAAUUGAGCAGACGAGAACUCCCAGGGGAGGACUUGUUAUACAUUCUUGUGGAAAUUGAAAUCUCGUUGCCUGACAGUUUGCAUGAUGCCGUAUUCCCUGCGCGCAAGAUCAGGUUCCCUAUUGUCUUGGAUGACAAGUGGAACAGGGAUGCGCUCGAAAAAUACAUGCGUUCUCAGCGAGAUGAAGCUGUUUAUUUGCCUAGCAACAUCGAACACCUUGCUAAGAACAAUGGAUUGGAGGGUGGUGCUGAUGAGGCAUUGAAGUUGUUGAUAUCCUCGGACUGGCUCGUUUUCGGAGUUGGCUUCUACUUAGGAUGUCCCUUCUUGAUUCCGAUAGAUCCGAGGUGUAGAUUGGUCGGCCAGAAGAUGAAUCCUUCUAGGACGUACACUCCACGCGGGGCUGUCGGCAUCGCUGGAUUAGUUGCCGCCAUAUAUCCCAUCGAAUCCCCAGGAGGAUAUCAACUGUUCGGCCGGACAUUGCCUCCUUGGCAAACAUGGGGAAAAGGCUACGACUUCAGCCCCUCCCAGCCUUGGCUUUUGCGGCCAUUUGACCAGCCAGCUGAUGCGAAAUUCACUAGGGAGAUCGAAUUACAUUUGAGUUGGACCAGCCGACAUGCCAAGUUGCGUAUGGAAGAACCUGAAAGCGAAAGUCAGGUUUCAGAUGGCCUGUACACAAAUGGCAUUACAUCUUCUUUGUCCGCAGUCAUCUGGAAAAUCAAGUGCCAGCCGGGAGAUGUGAUCAGGUCAGCAGACGACGUCUUGGUGGUGUUAGAAGCAAUGAAGACCGAGAUAAAUGUGGAAGCUGGGGAAGAACAUGUCGGACACACUGUGGUAGGUUCUGGUAGAGGGGUCAAAGAGGGUGCCACAGUGAAUCCUGGAGACGUUCUAGUUGUAUUGAAAUGA